AUUACGAAUUUCAAAUUGCCCUCUCUUGUGCUUCCGUUUCUCAUUUGGGCUUUCGCUCUCUCCCUCCUGCUCGUCGCCGAAAUCGCCAUGGCUCCCGCCUCCCGCCCGCCGACGGCGACGCCGCUGGCCGCAUCCUCAUCCCGGAUAGACUCGCCAUCGCUGAAGGCAGCCCUCGCAAUGGCUCUCAUCCACUACAAACGCCUCCCCUCCACAACCGCCGCCGCCGCCGCCGCCGCAGGCACCUCCUCCCCGCCUCUUAUCCACUGGAAGCGCAAGGCUAAGGAGCGGAAGCGCGAGAUUCUCCGCCUCCGCGAAGAGCUCAAGCUCCUCCAAGAUGGGGUGCGCGGGGAGGCGAUGGAGCCGCCACUUGCGUCAUGCCGCUGCCACUUCUUCGACGGGUGCAGCGACCUGCAGCCGCCGCCUCCAACGGGUGGAGGAGAGCAUUGGGUCGACGAGGUGCUGCGGAGGAGGUUCCUCAGAUUGGCGCGGUGGAAGGAGAAGCGACGGAGACUGGAUCGAUCUCUUCCCGUCACUAGUUUGAUGGAGUUCAAUAGCGAGGAUGAGAUACAACAGCUUAGCUUGUCAACUGAUUUCCUGGUAGAGCUAUCAGAUGGGAUUUUUGCGAAAAAAGAAUCUUGCUCCACAUUUGCUACAUUCUCUCACCAAGCAGUAGACUUCAUUUUGUCUUUACUGAAGAACAUUCUAUCGUCGAAAAGGGAAAAUGAACUGGUUGAGGAGAUAAUUGAUGGUUUAGUGACACGUUUGAUGAAAAGGAUGUGCACCAUUCCUGAAAAUGCUGGUACUUCGGAUUCAGGGCCAGUUGACUGCUCAGAUGCCCAAUUCAAUGUGCAGCACUUGUUCCGCAAGUUAGGAAAUGAAGAGUUCAUUGGUCAGCGGAUAAUCCUUGCAGUUUCUCAAAAGAUCUCAAAUGUAUCAGAAAGCUUGCUUCUCUUAGAUCCAUUUGAUGAUUCCUUCCCUGAUAUGCAUGGCAAUAUGUUCAUUAUGAUUCAAUUAAUCGAGUUCCUCAUAUCUGAUUACAUGAAAAUUUGGCUAUGUUGCGAGCAAUUUGACAAAAAAAUAUUUGAAGAAUGGGUCAGAUCUAUUCUGAAGGCACGCAAAGACCUGGAAGUCCUAGAAAACAUAAAUGGGCUGUAUGUAGUGUACAUUGAGCGAGUGGUCGGAAGGUUGGCGAGGGAGGUGGCUCCUGCUGCUCACCAGGGGAAGCUGGACCUGGAUGUCUUUUCCAAACUCCUGUGCUGAUAACUUCCAGCCUCAGACCUGAAAAUGAUGCUUACCUACAGAAAGAUUGUCCAGAAAGCUGGCGUUCUGUAACUUCUGUUCGCCACUGAACAGCCAGAACCAAGACAUAACCAAAGAAUGCUUAAUUAUUUCAUCUUGUGAAUGUGUAGUUACUGCAAACCAGUUUGCUAUAAC